AUGGAAGUGGCGCGGACUCCUAGUACCGCUAGGAGCUGCUGGCGGAGGGCGAGGAGAGCUACUUCUAUUUUGUCCCGGCUUCGGAGGUGGAAAAGACCCCACUGGUCGGGCCUAGAAGUUGAGGGUUCAAGGAAGGUGUGCAGGCAGGUAUAGCUGUCUUUCCUGGAUGCCAACAUUUGAGGCCCAGAAGUCUCCCAUGGUUCCCUAUCACAUCCGCCAGUACCAGGACAGCGACCAUAAAAGAGUCGUGGAUGUGUUCACCAAGGGCAUGGAAGAGUACAUCCCCUCCACCUUUCGGCACAUGCUUAUGCUGCCCCGAACCCAACUACUCUUACUUGGGGUGCCCCUUGCCCUGGUCCUGGUGUCUGGCUCCUGGUUACUGGCUGUUAUAUGCAUCUUUGUUCUGCUCCUACUCCUGCGGCUCCUUGCCAGACAGCCCUGGAAGGACUAUGUGGCCCUGUGUUUGCAGACAGACAUGGCUGACAUCACCAAGUCUUACCUGAAUGUACAUGGUGCCUGCUUCUGGGUGGCUGAGACUGGAGGACAGGUGGUGGGCACAGUGGCUGCUCAGCCAGUCAAGGAUCCUCCGUUAGGGAGGAAGCAGCUGCAGCUCUUCCGUCUGUCUGUGUCCUCACAGCAUCGAGGACAGGGGAUAGCGAAAGCACUGACCAGAACUGUCCUCCAGUUUGCAAGGGACCAGGGUUACAGUGAUGUUGUCCUUGAAACCAGCACCUUGCAGCAAGGUGCUGUGACUCUCUACCUGGGCAUGGGCUUCAAGAAGACAGGCCAGUACUUCAUGAGUAUGUUCUGGAGGUUAGCAGAUAUUUAUACAAUUCAAUUAAAGUACUCCUUCCCUUCUGCCUAGGAAGGGUGGCUGUGACCUUAUGCUCCUGUGCAGCAAGCACACUUCUCUGCACUCUGCUAUUGGAACCAGUGAACCCCGUCAUGUCAGUGUGAUUAACAAUAAAAGCUUGUUGGCACACACCAGA